AUGAUGAUAAAGGAGGAAGCUGAAGGGAUUUUGAAGCAAAGGAAUAGCAAACUAGAAGAGUUGCUUCAUCUCGCUGCUGAUCCUUUGCUUACCGAUAUAUCAAGUCAUAAGUCUCGAGUGAGUGAGUUCUUGAAUGAUAAUGAUAUUACCAAAGAAAAAACGUUUGUAGUUUCAUCGUUACCGGGGGUAUCGGGGAGUGGAAGUUUUGCUGAAGCUAUGCUGCAAUCGGUCUCCAAAAGCAUCUAUAAGGUUGAGGAAGCUAAGGAACGGACGGAGAAUGCAGCCAUUGAACAAGGAUUGAAAAGAAGAACUGAGUCGAUUAGCGACGAUAGGAAACUCAAGAUUUCGAGAAAAAGCUCUUCGCAAUUGAGUGAUUCGAGGUCGGGCAGUAUCUCUAAAUCGACGUCGGAGAUCACGAAACCAGUAGCUCCACCAGUCAAGUCGCAAAAGGAGAAUAUCCAUCUUGAAACCAAAGAUUUCUUGAAUAGGGAUAUAGGUGAAUUGGAGAUUUUGUCCGUCCCCGAGCAUUAUCCAACAAAACCUCCGAAUGUUUCGUCUUUGGCAGAACUCUACUAUCUCACUCAGACUUUACCAUUGAUUAAAUUGUUGCCAGGUAGUCACAAGACAUUAAUAACUGAAAAUUACGAGCUAGCAUUACUUGAAGGGAAGAUUGCCGUAUUAUAUUCAAGAAUUGAGGAGUUGAAAAGACAGGGUAAAUGGUCAUUAAGACAGCCUAAGAGAUACUACGAUCCUUAUAUCUAUACUAAGAGUAACAAUGGGAAGAAAACAUUCCAUGGUGAUAGUCUUUUAGAAGAAGGAAAAUGGAUGGCAGCAGACUUCAAAGAAGGCUCAAAGUACAAAAAGGCUUGUUGUGUGACUAUGGCACAGGCUGUUAACGAUUAUUGGACAUACGGUAAAGUCAUGUGCAUUCGUAGGAAAAGAAUAUGGCAUAUAGGUGAGAGAAGAGAAGAAGAAGAAAUCCAUGGCGAUCUUGAAACCGAUCUAGUUGAUGGCGCCGAUUCUAUGGCUAUUGAUGAUAUAAACGUUGAUAAUGACUGUGCUCCUUUGGAAAUUACAGGAAACGAAUUGCAGAAUAUAGUGGUCAGCGACGAUAAAGUAUCAACUGAGCCAAUAUCAAACGAUGAACCACAGCGUAAAGAAGAAGAUGAUAUCGAUUCGGCAGAAGUAGCGGAUCAAGAGGUAUCAGAAGAUCCAUCGCAGGAUAAACCGGUGGAUGAAUUGAUACCAGAGGAGGAAGUUGAGCUUUCUUCCAUCGAUGUAAAGUUGCUCUUAUCUAGACCCAAACCGGAGGACGAAAUUGUACCAACUAAUCUACCAACAUUCUCGGAGGAUGAUUUAAAGGAGAUGGGACGCGAUUCAAAAGAUUCUGCUCCGUUCAAGUUGCAUGCAAAUCUUAACGAUUUAAAGAAAAUUGACCAAUCCAUUAUUAAGAAUUUGCCCAAAUUUACCGCUUUCGACAAUGAAGACAGUAAUAUGCCAGCACCAGCCUUAAAACCGGUAGAUUCUCCAAUGAUUGCAGUUUCAAGACUUUUACACCCAUUUGAGGAAGACGAUGAGUGGUAUAAGAUAGUCCUUAAAGAAGGCGAUAGUCAUAAGUCAAAAUCCAAUGUUUCUAGUGGACCUCCAGAGUACCAAAAGGGUCUUUUUGGAUUUCAAUCUCACCGCCGUUUCAAUUACUUGAAGCCUCCUAAACCUCCAUUGAUUAAAAAUAUUGAAUUCAGAUCUCCUACUAUCUGGUUACCACAAGAUGACAAACAUUUAAUCCAUUACGUAGCAGAAUUCUGUUUUAACUGGGAUUUAAUUUCUGAACACUUACUGCCGUCAGCUGCUACCCUUAGGAAAUAUGAAUCAAAUAUCGAAAGAAGAACACCUUGGCAGUGUUUUGAGAGGUAUAUACAGUUAAACGAAAAAUUUCAAUUCUCUGAUAUGAAAGGUAUCUAUUCAUAUCAGGCUCAACUGUGGUUAGAGCACGCUCACAGAGCUCAACUGACUACAAAAAGAAGAAUUUCACCGUUAGGGGUUGGUAACGAAUCGAUCCAACGAGGACAUAGAAGGUUACGUUGGGCGUCAUUAUUUGAUGCUAUGAGAAAGAGCAUGAAAAAAAGAGAAGAUGCUAUAGCCAAGUUGAAUCAUAGAAGGACUCCUGUCGACUAUAGCGCUAAUAACACUAAUGUCAAUUCACCUGAAGCAUCAAAUAAUGGAACGCCUGGACCAAAUAAUGGAAAGCGUCCAAUGGACCGCGUACCAACACCUGCUGAGCUCUCGAAAUUGAAGUUUGAAAGAGAUAAGUCAAUUCAAGAAGCAUAUCUCAACCAACAGGCUACCAGAUCUAGAAUGAUAGCUGCCGUUGCACAACAACAAAAGCAACAACAAAAUAACCAAGGUAAUAUACCUCGUCCUCCGUCUCAAGGACCAGGACCGAAUGUCGGUGUUCCACCACCACAACGAGGUCAAAUUGGUGUCCAAGGAGGUCCUACGAAUACACCUACAGGAUCCCUUGGUAAUCAGGUACCUCCACUGCAACAACCACUGCAGGCGGCACAAGGUGGCAUGACUAAGAGACCAACCACACCUAACGGUACCGCAUACACUGCAGAACAAAUACAACAGUUGUUGCAAAUUCAAAAACAAAGAAGACUUAUGCAGCAGCAAAAUCAACCUGGUAAAACAGGAAUUAGCCCGAGCCAACCAAAUACUCCUGCAUUAAUGCAAAAUAUGCCGCUUAGUUCUAAUAAAACAACUGUGGGUGGGAGCAACAUGCCUCUAUCUGGAAUGCCUAAUCUGACCCAACAAGUAUCGCUUCUGCAACAGGGCCAGAAACAACAAUUGGGACCAAGCCAACGUCAACAAGUCCCCGUAUCACAACCGUCACAAGGACAAGGGUCUUCCACAGGUGUACCUGCGAAUAAAUCACGGAUACAUUUUGCGCCUGCUCAAGUAUCGGCGAUCAUAAACUCGAUUCAAACUAAGAACCCAAAUUUGACUAAAGAACAGGUCACGAAAUUGGCAGCAACGUAUUUGGCAAACAUCCAACAGCAACAGCAAAAUAGAGCAAAUCAACAGCAACAACAGCCACCUCUGCAACAUCUGGGUGCAAUUGGCCAAGGUCCAGCAGCCCAUAGACCCGGACAGAGUCAAUCCCCAUCCAACCAAAAGAAACCUCAGGUAGCUACGUUGACUCCACAGGAAAGAAACCAAUUACAAAUGUUGAAGGCUGCCAAGACUGCCCAGCAACAACAGCUCCAACAUCAACAACAGCAGCAGCAGCAGCAGCAGCAGCAGCAGCAGCAGCAGCAACAACGUAGGCCUGGCUCACCAAUGGUUCCAAAUGCUCCUCUUGACCCCAACAACAUGGCUAAACUAGAAUAUGAACAAAGAAAGAACUUACUAAUUCAAAAGCAUCAACAACAGCAGAGACUAGGUAACAAUUCAAACAUACCGGGCCAAUCUACACCAAACUUAGCAUCUAUGCCUCCUUCCUCAUCGUCUUCACCAUCUUCAUCGGUCAGUGGUCCUGCCUCAAAUUUACCAAAUUCUAACAAAAACGUUCCUAAAAAGUAG